CCCAGAUCAGGUAAAAAACAGAAAGUUAUAGCCGCAAAUUCUUGAGCUGGCAGGAUACAAAAUUCUGUUUUACAAUUACUGUAUUUCUUUAGAUAAAGUUUUAGAGGAAGGUGAACAGUUCUAUUGGCUACCCAAUUUCCAGCUGGUGGAAUGAAACGCAACAAUAAAGGGUCGUUUUAGUUUUAUUUGUAUCCAAGUUUGCUGCAACCCCUCUAAAACACGUCCUCCUAACGAACGAGGGCUGAGAUCGCCAAGGCACGGGAAUGAACAAAGAAAAGGGAUCGUUCUCAUCGGCUCUUCAUUAAUAUCGUUAUUCCUUGCCCCAGUGGCCCACUGGGUGCAUUGCGCCGCCUGCGAGCCUUUUCCCACGAAGCUGAAAACCAAUAAAAGCAAUCUUGCGCCACAAUCCGAUACGAGCUUACAUGGAAGUAAGCCCCGCUGCGUUCAGUUAGCCUUACAGGCAGAAACACAUGCACCGGAAUGCAUCCCUAAGGCAUAUUUAAGGAAGGAAGGAAGGCAAGAGGCCAGACAGAAGUCAGGCUGUACUAAAAUAAAGAAAUAAUCAUCUUUCCACAUUUCGGAAUUAAAGAUGGGAGGACUUUAAACAAUAACAAUAUUUAAGGUGCAACAGAGAUUGGGGGAUGGGGGCAAGUCCGCAGUGUACUCUGCCACUGAUAUGUGUAGGUGCUUUUUGCUUUCUUUUUUGUUUAUUUAUCUCGCUACAAGGGCCUGGCCGGUUUGCAGUACAAUCCUAGUAUAGACGUCUACUCGGAAGCAAGCCCUCCUGAGCUCAAAGGCACUUUCUCCCAGGCAAGCGUAUAAAAAGGAAUGCAGCCUCUCGGAGCGCCAUAAGCGACCCUCUCAAGAUGGCGGCCGCGUCGGAGGCGGCCCUGACCUCCACAUGAUGGCAGCUGGAAGAGAGACGCCUGCUUGCCCCUACCAAGAUGGCGGUAAGCCCUUCCUCGCCGGAGAAGGUAUCACUUCCGGCUGGCGCUCCUCCGCUCCUCUUUGGCUAUGGCCGCAGCGGGUCUGUCAGACGCAGAGCUGCGGGCGGAGCUGCUGGCCCUCGGCUACCAGCCGGGGCCCAUUACCGAUUCCACCCGCAAGCUCUACGCCAAGAAACUCACCCGGCUGAGGGCCGAGGUGGCCGCUGGGCUGAGGAGCCGCGGCAGCGCCGCCCGGACACACCCUCAGGGCCCGAGCGGCCCCGCGAUGCCCAAGGCCGCGGCCGGGCCCAAGGCGGCUCCCCGGGGGCCCCGCGUCCCGGUUAGGAGGGAGGAGAGCGAGGAGGAGGAAGAGGAGGAGGAGGAGGAGGAAGAAGAAGGGAACGACUACGAGCCGCCUCGUCGGGAGGCGACGAGCGGGAGUCGAGGGCUGCUGCCUCAGAGCAAUGACUGGCGGGCAGACAGCGGGCUCGCCGCCGCCCGGAGGCCCCAGUUGACAGCUCGGGAGGGAGCGACGCCGAGCAGCCGCUGGGAGGAGGGCAGUAGCGGGUUGGCUUCGAGGAGAGCCCGGCUGGAGGCGGGAGAAGGCUUCGAGGCCCCUUACCAAAGGGAGGCGGCGGCGCCCAGGUUCACCUCCAGCCCUUCGUGGGGAGCAGCAUCCCCAGGAGGUGGAAUAGGGUUAAGUCCCAGCAAGUGGUGGGAAAAGGAGCAGAGCGUGAGCCCCAGCCUUUCCUGGAAGCCCCCCGUGGUGGGGGGCAGUGCUGCAGGCUUCAGUAACAGGGCCCAGCUAGAGGCCGAAAGGGGGGUCACCCCAAGCUCCUUCAGUAACAGGGCCCACCUAGAGGCCGAAAGGAGGGUCACCCCAAGCUCCUAUUUGGGGUCACUGACCCAAAGGAGCGAAGAGGGGCUGACCUACAGGUCCCCGUGGAGAGCGCAGAAGGAGGUUGGGCUCGCGCCCAGGAGUUUGAAAACACCGCCAUGGGGGGCAAGAGAGUUGAGUAGGGAGACACGCUGGGAUGGGACGCGCCAGCAUGUAGGCUUGAAACCCCAAGCUCAGGGCAUAAGGAGGAAAGGCAGAGGCCUAGAAUUUUAUCUCUCCUGGUUCCUGUGGCUGGCAACCAUAGGGCUGCUGGUCAUUUUCCUGGGCAUCCUUUGGGUGAAGAUGAUGGGACCUCCCCGACUGGAAGGGCCUGAGAAUUGUACGUGUGCGGGAUGUAACGCUGCUUUUCCUCUUCAACCCCGCUUCCAUCUCUUCUUCCUCUUACAGAUAGCCUCAUUUAGAGUUUUGUUGUUCCAGUCCCUUUUCUUUUCAGCUUGUUGCUUACAGAAACACAACUUGUAGAACUUUUUGUGGCAAAAGUUAGCAUCCGUUCCUUCAAAAGCUCAUAAUCAAUGUACAAAAAUGACUGAGGCUGCAUGCUCACUAUGUCUUCAAAGCACAUUUCCCCCCUCAAUGAAUUCUAGGCGCUGUAGUUUGUUAAGGGUUGCUAGGAAUUGUAACUCAAUGAUGGGUUAACUGCAGUACCCAGAAUCCUUUGAGGGAAAGAAUGUAGUUACAAUGCGCUUUAAAGUUAUAGUGUGUGCAUAGCCCAAGGAUGAAUACCUUUUCAAAUAACCAUUACAGGAAGUUUGUUCUGGCCCAGGUUCUAAGGAUAUGUUGUCAAAAGAAAGCUUUAUGAUGCCUUUCAGACUGGCUGCCUAGCAACUACUGAUCUUGAAAUGUUUAAUAGUUGCACACACCAGAGAGAUUAAGCAGAUGAAAGGGUUCUUUCUACCUUUUUGAAAAGGAUAGACUGAAUUCUCCUGAUGUAUCAAAUAAUAAUUCUCUUGUAUGACUUUAGAAUGACAAGUGGGAGGUGGACAUGGUUGUUACUAAUAGGAUGUUUCCUUCACUGUCUUAGACUACCACUCCAAAAAUCAUAACGGUUACUUCAGUAACUACAAAUUCAUGAUCAAUUGGACAGUUUUUCUGGUCACUUUGUUUUUGCAAAGCAUUGUGGGAAAAUGUGUAAAAGAUUCUUCCCACCCACUUGUAUUUUAAAAUCUGGUGAAAUUUUAUGUGGUAAUAUAUAUUGGCUGUUACCCUUAUGUUACAGAUUUAUGAUGAGGUAGUGGGAUGUUCUUACUCAUUCCAGAAAUCAGUCUAGCAUCCUUUCACCAGCAUUACAAAGUAACUUUUCCUACAGUAUGAUAGCAAAAUACUGUCUCAGUCAAGAUUUGUCUGCACUAUGUUUUAAUCCAUAAGUGUUCAAGAAGCUAAAUCACAUUUUCUGUUUAUAGUUACAUUCAGAAUCAAAACCCCAGAUACUCUGCAAAGUAAACAAAUGUGCUUAUUUUGACAUGAAUGCAGAAUAGUUAUUUCUCUUGUCUUGUUACUAUGUUAUGUAAAUCAUUUCCUUUUGAUGGGAAAUCUAUGGGUGCUUAACUUUGCAGUAAGUCCCAUUGAACAAAAUGGGGCACUUCCAAGGAACAUUAUUAGGUUCGUAUUUCAGGUUUAACAAAAUAAAAUGCUUAGAGAAUAAAUUCCAGAAGGGUAGCCAUGUCCAUCUUCUGUAACAAAACUAAGUAGGAUUUAAUCCGCAAAAGUUUAUGCCACAAUGAAUCUGUUAGUUUUGAAGAUGCUACAAGACUCGUUGUUUUUUUAAAAAAUAAAUCCUUAUUUCUUCUUGUUCAGUUAACCUAUUGCCCAUGGAUUGUGAAAGAACUAAAGAAGGUGUAAGUGUGAAUCUUCUUACUAUCUCCAAUGUUAAAUUUUGUUAAUAAGUACAAUGUACAGCUUACCUGUGACUGCUAUCAGCCCCAGUCAGUUUGGCCAAAGGCUAGAGAUGAUGAGGAGUUUGGUCCAACAAUAUCUGGAGGGCCACAGGCAGUGCUUUUUUUCUGGGGGGGAUGCAGAACCCUAAACAUUUUGUGAGUCUAAGUUUGGCCUCAUUGAGGGACAGUAUUUCAUUAAGAGUAGGAAAAUGAGAGUAUUCCUAAACAUUUUUUUUAGAAAAAAGCACUGGCCACAGAUCACUUAGUAUCUGUGUUGCUACAGAAGUAAGCUUCUGCUAUUUUCCAAGAGAAAUCUAAUGAUUUAUUGAUGUGCAAUUAACAUACAGCUUCUUAUAGAUUAGUAAUUCAGACCAUGUAAAUCUAAGCUGCUGCAAAUCUAAAUCCUUCUUAUCUUACAGAAAUAUUCGUUAGUCAGUUGUAACAAAAGUGAGACUGAUUUGUGACAAGGAUUUCAUCUGUAAAGCUACUUUUCAAUAACAAGCUUAAUAGAGCUAACAGCCUUUAAUCUCUCCUGAUGUGCGCAUGUAGUUGUAACUUUUUCUAUAACAUGUAGCUGAAUAAGACAAACCUUGUUAUACAAUAUAGUGCAUAUAAUUAAAAUGAAAGCCCUUGAUUUGUUUUUUGUACAUACGUAGAUUUAAGAUUAUUUAUCAUCAAACUUACUUAGAAUAUAAGAAUUUGAGAUCUGAGGGCUGUAUAGUUUUUGUACCCCCCCACCCCAAAAUCCAAUGUUACAGUGCACAUAAUCCACAGGAUGUGAUGGAUUUUAUUCUGAUAGUGACUGCAGUGAAGGGAACUGAUAUAUAAUGAGUCCACUCAUUCUCCCCAUCAUCAUACAAAAUGAUAUACCUUAGCAAUGACAUUGCAGAAAGAGAGAAUUAAACUUCUGGCAAGAAAUGAGGUCUUAUGAGUCCAUCCUUAGUUUUCAGUAGCUAAAUUAGAGCGCAUGAGAAAUGUUCUAUUUAAUAGUUAGUUGUAAUUUUUGUAGUUGGUUGAAUUAAAGAUCUGUUGAAUAAUUUUCUCUCUUAAUUUUUCAGUACUGUCAGGAAAAACAUGAAGAAAUGGUAAUGACCAUUCUGUAUGAACUAUACAAUUAUCUUGCAGUUCAAGCUGGUGAGUUCUUAUUUAUCUUUUUACCAAUCACUUUGUUCAAAGAAAAUAGGUGUAUACUAGCUAGGUAUUUUCAACCUUAAUUUGAAUUUAAAAGAGCGAGGACUGUUUUGUUUCCCUUCAAAGGCUGCAGAGGAAUGUAGGAAAAACAGCCUUUUUAAAUCUGAGCUGCAUUAUUAUUAAAACAAUGACCCCCUAGUAUGGCACUGAUGUUUUCACAUAGAUAAAAUGAGAUUUAGGGUCAUAUUCAACUAAUCCAUUGUGGUAGUGUGAGACCAUGAAAGGAUUCCCACUAGCGCAAUGGGAAUUCCCUCCUUUCCUCCCCCUGCACAUAGCUGUGCCAUUUCCAAAUCAGCUGCGGGAGGAUGGGGGAAAGCACAGUACAGAUUUGAUGAGAAGAGAGGGGGACAAGGUUCCAUCAAGUAAGGAAAAUCCUUAUGCUAACAUAACCUUAGCCUUUGCGCUAUGUCAAGCAUUUCAGUUCUCAGGUGUGCUUUCCUGAUGUGACCCCCACUCCAUGUCCAAAAUAAAGAUGCAGUUCACAAGUUAAGUUCAAGACCUUCUUCUAGCUUUCACAGAUAAACAGCGUAGUUCUAAAGGGCUGGCCAACACAAUCCAGCAAUUUCCAGAACACUGUUACAUUUAGCAGAUGACUAAUCAAAAUAUCCCAAAGGAUAUUGAUACACUUUUCCCUGUGAAAGCCAUGGUUGUGUGCUGAUGGUGAGCUCAUCCUUCACCUAUCUCAUCCUGGAUAUAUGGAACGUUUCCAGGAAUGAGUUCCCUGAUCACAGCAAUGUAUAUGCCCCCUUUCCACCAGGCUGGCCCAUUUUAUAUCAUUAAGCGUUACGUUUCUCUGUGUGUAUCCCAGUCUGCAUUGCAGAACUGAACUGUGUCUGGAAAAACCUUUGGAGGUCACUACUAGGCAGCAUUUCUUUAACGCCAACAAGGUCCUAGAUGCAGUAAUCCUUUGCACACAUUGAACACAGUGGGACUUUCAAAUCAGAAUGCAAAAGAUUGCACUGUUAAAUAACUUCUUGCGUAGUUUUCAAGAUAGUUUGUAUCUUGAACAUUAAUUUUUUUUGCAGCUGUCAACACAACAGACAUUUUAAUAGCUGGCCCAAACUACUGUGUGGGCAGUGGAUGGUAGGGAUUUUAUGCCACUGUUUCAUAUAGUAGGCUUGUUUCCUGAAUUUCAGUGGUUCUUAAGCUUUGUUGAAAUUAAUUUGUUUGUUCUUUGUACAUCACAUUUUCUUACCUUGUGGCCACUCUGCAAGGAAGGAUACUUAAAAGUCUUUUGAACUAAAAAUCAAUGGCUGGUUAUGUUCUUUAUAACCACAGUGCUGAACAUUCACAGUGGGGGGUGGUGCAUAAACUGCUUGCACUCCUGAAGAAUUCGGCUGCUUUUCAGUUCAGAUUUUGAAGUUUAAGUUUAAAAUUGGGUUGUUUCAUCAGCGUGUGGUGGAAAUAUCAAAGCGUUCUUGAUGGCUUCAUGGCCUUGCAGAUGAGAAACCAGUUUUCAAAAGAAAACUGGCACUGGACAACUGCUUAACUGUCAGGCUGUAUCUUAGAGUGUCUGUUACGAUAGGCAGCAAUCCCGUCUCACUCCCCUCUUGUGUUUAUUAUGAAAGUUGUAGUAGUAGUAUGCCACCCUUCUUCCAAAGAUCACAGGGCAGUCACAACAAAAUGGCAACAACAAAAUGAGAAAACAAAAUACAUAAUAAAAACAAGAACAAAGCUUUAGCCCUCCUCCCACAAGCACAUUUUAAGGGCCAUAGAAUGUUAAUCAGCCAAAGGCCUGGUUAUAGAGAAAUGUUUUUGCCUGGCACCUAAAGAUUUGUAAUGAAGGCAUCAGGGGAACCACAGAACAUAACCUGACCAAAAGCUAAGUGGCAGGCCCACCCUAAAACUUUUUCAGCAUUGGAAGCCGGUCAACGUGUAACAUCCCUGAUCCCAUCCCGAAUGUGAAUCAUAAUGAAAGCAUUUUUUUUAAGGGGAAUGUGGGGGUGUCCUCAGACAUGUUAUAAAUCUUAGUAUAAUUCAGUAAAUUUUUCAGGCACUGUUUAAUAGUAUCCUAUUAGCCCAAAGCAUUAGGCAAGGUACAGUUACACAAAGGAGGGACACAUACAUGCAUUUCUUCAAAGGUAUGAGUUGCUCGCAUGGAAUAAAUGUGAGGUUUGAUUGCCUUAUGCUAGCGUGUAUACAGCACUGCAAAUUUUAUUAAGUCAUAAAACUAAACCAGGUCUAUAUUCUGUAAAAACAUUUUGGCUAGCAUUAAAAGUGCUUUAAAAAGGAACUUAGCUCAGUGCUUCUGUACUAUUUGGCAAGUUUCAUGAUUUCCAUGUCAAUAAUUUUUUCUGUCCCACCACCACCAGGCAACUUUGAGUGUGGAAACCCUGAUAACCUAGAAAGUAAAUGCAUUCCAGUUAGUGUGGCAAAGGAAUAUAUAGAGGUAAGCAAGGUCCUGACAUUUUUCUAUUAUGGUAUAUAUUUGUAUCUGCUAUUUAGUGCAUUAAAACGACCUUCUAUUUUAUUUUUUCCCUUCAGUAAUUCUGUUAUUAUUAUUUUGGCUGUUACUUGGUUGGCAUUUUUUUAUUUUGGGUUGUUGCGUUGGAAAACCUAAAUAAUAUGACUGCUGAAACUUGCAGUUUCUUUUUCCAUUUGAGAAACCAAAAUCUUCCAGCAUUUUAAAGUCGUUGCUUACAAAGCAGUAGUAAACACAUUGCUUUCCUCUUUUCUUUUUUGUACCUCUCUAUAGAAAAGGAUUGUUAGUAUACUAUAGUUAUGCACACCUAUGGAGUGCAUCAAAUAUGAUCAUAAAAUUAUAGUCUUAGCUACUUGGAAAACUGAAUAGAAUCCUAACACUCAUUUUAAUGUAUUUAAAGUGUUGCUAAACUAAUUGUGCUAUAAAUAGGAGACUGCCUGGGUGGGUGCCCUAUGUAUAUUUUCUCAAAUUCCGUGGAAAAGCAGAUGGAAUAUAAAUAUAAUAAAUUAAAUAAUAUGGAAAGAAUGUAUUUACAGAAAAGUCUCACUGCUAGCUGAAUGCAGAAUUUAAAUCUUGGGGCCCACUUCCUUACAGAAUGUGACUGCCUACAGUGCACAAAGGUUUGCGGAUGCUUUGCAGCGGUUACUGGACAAUCACAGAGACUCGGGCAUAUGGUAAGUUCAUUGGAAUGACCUGUGUUAAAUUUAUCUCCAUAUCUGUUCACUAUCCCAUGAGAUUCAGUGGAGAUGUGACUCAGGGAACCAUAAGUGACUGUUUAAAAAACAAGCAGUGUAAGACUUUCCCUAGGAAGACCCCCAGGCUUCUAGAACCAGCUAACUACAAGUGUUCUUCUAAGCCUGGCACUGUAAGAUGUUUUUAUUUAGAUUUGCAUUUGAUCUGCAGAAUUUGAUACCCACCAAGUUGCCCACCUGUGGUUUGGUAAUUCACCUCCUUAUGCUUUCUGCCUGAGAUUGCCAAAACAUGGGUCGACGGGCAUCUGGAAGGUCAUAGUUGCUAGCUGUGCAGCUCCAUAACGCUCAAAGAAAUGAAAGGCUGGAUUUAUAAAGGUGCAGUUGUACCAGGGCCCAAUGCCUGCAAGGGGGCUUGGACUGAGCUUCCUUUCUCUCCUGCUCCUCCUCCUCCUCCUCCUCCUCUUCAGUGUCCCCCUACAUCUUAUAAAGCAAAAUUUGCAAACACCCUUUUAAGCAAUUUCUGAGAGAUAAGCCAGCCUGGCUACUCCCAAUUUUCAGUGUUUGUAGUCUGUGAAUGAAGUCAGAACUGUGAUGAGUGAGUUAUUUGGACAACAUAGUACAGGAAUCCCUGCAGUUCUAAAGAGCUGCUUUUCUCCUCUCCCCGUUAGAGUGUGCUUCCUUUCCUGCUUCUGUCCUUGGGAUUUCUAUAGUUUCUUUCCAUUCUAUUCUGUUCCUUUUUAAAAUGAAAGAAAACCGAUCUGCUCUCCACAAUCCCCCACCCCCAGUGGCUAUAGGUAGUGUUCGAAACUCCCAUUGUUCUAGGCGCAUUUUGCGACAAGCAGUUUCAUUAGUGCAAGCAGUUUCUGAGCUCUGGGCGCAGUACUGCACCUAAAAUUUCUGAUUAAAACUGCAGAGUGGAAGGAGGACUUUUUCUGCCUCCCCACUUCGAGCUACUCUGAAGGCUGGAGAUGAGACCCUCUUAAAAAUAUUAGGGGAUGGGCAGGGAAAGGACUAGACCAUCUUAAAAAUGAACAUAAUAUUUUAGCAGCAGUUAAUUCAUUUUCAGCUUUGUAUUCUUGUUAUAAAAGAAGUGUGCCUAGACAUAACCUAGGUUUAAGAUGCCAUUUAGCUCCUAGCUUUCAUCUCUCAGUUUCUAACACUGGCUAUAGGUCUAAAAUAACUCCUUAGGAAUAAAUCUAUUGUGCACUCUAACCUGGGAGCAAUAACAGCUGAACACGAGUGGAAUAGUGCAUCUAAAGCUUCCAACCAUCUGCCCAGGUUAGUAUUGGUUGAAGGCUUGGAGGUACCAGUAUAUUUAAGUGGGAGUGGGCAGAAAAAUCUGGCCCUUUUGUAGUACAAAGGUGCAUCGCUCUGGUUAAAGGAACCAAAAGUUGAUACCUAUGAUAAAAGCACCAAGUCCCCUUUUGUAGCCAUUUAAUGCCUCCUCCUGUAUCUCCACAACAGGCAUGCGAAACAGGUUUCACUGACUGACCCAGGUUAGGAAGUGAGCAAAACCUAUGAGAUUUGAGUAUAAAAUAUGAAAACGUGUGUGUAUUCAUUUUGUUGGUUGUCAAAAUUUUCGUGUUUUGCUGAGAGCUGUAAAACUGCACAUGCUCAGAGUAUUUAUUUGAUAGUCCAUGAAAGUAAUAAUAAAUUUGUGAGUCUUUAAGAAAUAUCUUGACAUAUUUUCUGGUGCUCUAUUUCAUGCAUUCCUUUUGGGAGGAGUGGGGGGGCCUGUUUGGUGAACUUCACCAGCCCUCCAACUGCCUUAAUGUGGCCUUGAUGAUGUGUGCAGGCCUGACUUGUAAUGCUUGGCUGUUACACUUUAUUUCCUUUUAAUUGGGGAAACUAGUGUUGUGCAAUGAAGGGGACUUCCUGGUUCAAAUCUCACAUCUCCUUAGGACAGUUGCUCUCACAUUCAUACCUGUAAUAUGGAGAUGAUAACAGCCUACCCUACAGGGGGAAGGUAGGGGAAGUCCCACUGCACACUCAGAAAUCCUUGUGCUGACAGGACGCUUAUUUAGCGCUGCUCUGGAUAUAACUCAGUACAUAGACUGGCUGUCAUUUCUCAAUCUGAAACCUCAUUGGAUCAUAUGAGGUAAGCAAUAUUUUGGCACAUCAUAACUGAGAAACCUGAGACUCUCUCCCUGCUAAUACUAGGGUGUUGCUUGAAAUACCAACAGUUCAGAAUGCAGUGAUCUCUCAGUUAUGGAACAAGGGUACACCGUGCCAUUUCUGGUCUUUCAGGUGGACUGUAAAACUGAUUCCAGUCCUCUGAAAUUUAUUAAUUUUAUUUUGUUUUACGAGAUUGAUACUGAAUACCAUGUACUUUAUGCAGGUGGUUGAAAUAUGAGCUUGGUUGUGCUGGCCUAGCUUUCAUGUGGUUUAAAUUCAGGAGAUUCACGGAGCAUUUGUUCUCGUUCUCUUGUGCUCAAAGUAAAUGUAGUUAUAUUAAAGGGAAGUUUUAUGCUCUUUAAGGCAUCUAUAACACACAAAAUUUGGAUGAUCUUGGUCACAUCUUCAGAGUAGCUAACUUGCUCACUGGCAUAAAGGGCAAUAUCCUUGCUGUCUUCAGUUGGUUCUGGAAGAACAGAAUAAGCUUUUUUCCAGCAGAUGAGUUUGUUUAUUUGUAAAUGGUGGCUGCAGACUGUGUCUGGAGAGCAAACAUCACCCUGUGCAAAUCAUUUCAGCUCUUUGAAAAAUCAUGCCAUCUCUCUGAGUGCCUAUUAUAUAUUUAUAAGGACUUCCUUGCCUGUCUCGUCCCGAUAUUAUAGAUUACUCUCUUGAACUGUGAGGGAGAUAUCAAGAGCCACUUGCUGCCGGCAGGGAGCCCAUAUAAAUAUAUUUUCAAACUCUCUAAUACAGAUGUGCUAUUUGAAAACACAAUUAUUUUGGUGAGCAGGAAAGGAUGGAUAAUAGCAAUUUGAAAUGCAUUCCUUUGCAGUUACCAGGGAUUCACGCCAGCUAGUGUGCUAAGAUUAUUCCGUCUCCACUCAUCUUAGUUAUUUCUGUGUGGUGUAGAAUUCUUUAUUUGAGAUUCUCCAUUUGAAAUCCUGCCUACAAAAGUUACUGUUGAAAUUCCCAUAGGCCUCAAAUGCCUUACUGUUUCUCAUGAAGCUUUUAGUCAUGUCUCAGUUCAGUUUUUUUGGUAGGGUUAGCCUGUUAGGACCCUGUUUUCACAACAGAUUUUAAAUCUGUUCAGCCACUGUGGCUUCAGUCUAACCAAAGAUAUUGGGAAAGAUUGUUUUAAAUUAGCCCUUUCAGCCUUUCACAGAAGUCCCGGCACACUUAUAAGCAUGAUGUAGUGGUUAGAGCGUUGGGCUCAGACUUGGGGUAUCAGGGUUCAAAUCACCAAUAGGCCGUGAAACUUGCUGGGUGACCUUGGGCUGGUCACUGCUUCUCAACCUCACAGAGUUGUUGUGAGGAUGAAAUGGGUAGGGGGAGAAUCAAGUAUUCUAUUUUGAGUUCCUUGGAGGAAAGGUAGGAUAUAAAAAUAAUAAGAAAAUAAAUAAAUAACUAUAAUUCCUCGAGUUCGUUGGGGGGAGCCAUUGUUGUUAAAAUGGUAUCAGAUUCAAUCUUUUAUCAAGGCAGAAUGAUAGAAGAGUAAAACAAUUUGCCUGUAUAUGUGUCCCUUUAGAAGCCGGUGAGAUUAGUGCACAAAUUUGCAUAGAAUGCCAGGUACCAAAUUUUAAUUAUUUUAGUAUGGAAUACAGUUCUGAGUAAUGCUUUGAAGGUGAUCCCAAAAGUACAGUCUUGCUGUGUUUUCAUGUAAGUUGGUAGAUGCCAAUGCCUCAGUUCAGUAGUGUUUAUUAGAUUUCAGACAUAAUUUUGAGGCCUUCUUAACUCUCUCACUGCUGUAGAAUAAUUCAACAAGCCCGAGGCUGUGAGCAACAACAAAAUACUCUCCUCCCCUAAUCUCAUUAUCUAAAACUCUGCUGUAACCUAAUGUUCGAAAACGUGUUCCAUUUUUCCAUUCUUUGUAUAGGAAGACUCCACACUGCUAAACACUGUUCCCUUAGGGACAUGCUUAGAAUUGCUGGUGGGAUGGAAUUCAGUGCUUUCUAAUUAAGAUUUUCUUCACUGUUACAAGUCAUAGCCUGGAAGCGUAAAAUACACUCCCCAGUUUUGUAUUCACCAUAAUUAAGAGUUUCAUCAACACUUGAGCAAAUGGAUCCUGUUCUGGCAGCUCAAUAUGAAACUCAAUAAGAAUGUACAGCAUACUAAAGACCUGCUGCAGGCUUUCCAACAAAUGUUGUGCGAACUUAUUUGACACUGUUCUGUUAAGAGCAGAACCAAAUAAGACAGCUGUGCUUGGAAACCCUGCUGCAUAUUUUAAGAUCUUUCAGAAACUUGGGAUCCAAAUAAUCCAUGGGGAUGGGUAAAAAGUUGAGUGUGAUGCAGCAUGUCAGGAGCUUAUGUGCACUGCUCAGCAGUGUUUCUUGGCCAACUGAUUUGGACUAUCUGUAUGAUGAGCUAUUAAUUGCAACCCUGGUGUGACAUCAGUUAGCUGCCAAAAAUGUGAUCACCUGGAUUUUUUUUAUAUACACUGAUUGAAAAGGCCUGGAGACUGGGAAUUCUACAGCAGGGCUCUUCCAGAUUUCCUUUAGUGAGCCUGCAGAGACUAGAGUCAGAGUGCGGUAAUUGCUGUACUUCUUCCAUCUUUCUGUUUUGCGGUAAUUCCUUUAUCUGCCUUCAACUGCUGAAAGAGGUUUUCACAGGCAUUUUACCAGCAUGUACUAGGGCUGGGCAAUAUCAGCUUUUCAACAUUGCAGUGUAUCACCAGCCAAACACUGUGGUUUGGCGAUAUACCAUAGUGUUGAAAAAACAAGAUGCAUUGGUCUCUGCGUGCAAGACACCAGGUGAAACUGCCCCAGCUCUCACCUCGAGUUGCACCCAGGCUCACAGGGUGGGACAAUUUAGCUUGUUUGCGCCACUCAGCUGGGAGGAUGAAAGGUCCCCCUCCCAGCUGAGACAGACCCAGUGCUCUUGCCACUCGCACACAAGCAACAGAAGCAUCGGGGCUGCUUUGCGCAGCUCAGCUGGGGGGAGUGAACGCUGAGAUUGCCCUGUGCUCUUGCACAGGCAGAGCAUUGGGGCUCCUUUAACUGCAGCAAGCACAUUCCCCUCAGCUGAACAUUCACAGAACCCCCACCCUGUUGCAGGCUUGUGUGAGCCAGGGCUGGGCUAGGGGCUUCUUUAACUGCGGCAAGGGCAGCUGCACACUCCUCAGUCAAACAGUUUAAAGAUGCAGAGGGAGGAGUAAGCUGUAUCGGGGCCCGUCGGCAGAGUAGAAUGGCAAUUUCACUCAGUGAUAUAUCAUUGAGGAAACCACCACCGCUCCUGAGUUCCUCUGCUAGUGGAUGCUGCUAGCAGUGGGACUCAGGAGCGGUGGCGGUUUCACCAGUGAUAUACCGCUGAGUGAAACUGAUGUCACGGUCUGCUCCACAUACCGGUCCUGGGUGAUAAAUUGAUAUAUCACCCAGGCCUAGCAUGUACAGACUCUUAAAUUCUAUAUUCACACAUUCUGCUGUCAUGCAAGUCCAUUUACUCAACUGCAUGGUUUGAAUGCACUCCAUGCCCAGUUGCCAAAUAUCCUGAGUCAAUCAUCUCUUGCAUUGAGACUCUCUUAUCACUGUUUACUCUGCUGGGUCCAUGGGAAGCCAAGUUCCUGUAAAGCCCCUCUGGUAUCUGAGGAAGUGUGCAUUCACACGAAACCUCAUACCAAUAACUAACUAAGUUGGUCUCUAAGGAGCUACUGGAAAGAAUUUAUUUUAUUUGUUUCGUAUUGUUUCUCCUCUGGCACAGUUAGCCAAACUAUCUUUUUGUGGGGAUUAGGAGCUGGAAUUAUCCUAGUGGCCAUUUCCAGGGUUUUCUCAUUUUGCAGGAUGAGGUUUUUCCUUAUUGCAGAUUUUGCACAGAAUAAAUUUGGUGUGCAUAUAAUUGUAGGCUUUCCCCUCAUCCUUUUCCAAAGACGCACCAACAUUUAAUGCAGGUGAACUUAACAUUUUUCCCAACAAAAUUAACUGCUGGAAUUUGUUUCAAGGAAAAUAGACUCAACAUUCAUGCACACUUUCACUUGAUCUCUGUGCAGUCACUGGAGGAGGGAAUCCAGUUUAAAAGUUUAAUCUCCUGUAUACUGUACUAAGAGGUGCUGUCAGAAGAAACAAAAAUACUAUAGAAGAGGACUACUUUGCUACUGUGCUAUCUUUGUUUGCUCUCCUCUCAUAUCCUCAUCAAUCUGCUGUUAAUGAGCCACUGCUAGAAUAUUCUGAGAAGGUUGGGAGCAAAAAACUAAGGAGUGUGAUGGAGAGGAUAGCAUGUUUAUAAUAAAUAUGGACCAUCAACUUCUUUGCAUUGUUCAGUCAAGGAAUCUUUCUGCUUCAUCCUUUCAGGUUACAAGGCGAUGAGAGUUCCGAAACAGUUACCGCAGUGAGCCAAGUGGUUUGUCUCGAAUCCACCCGUCCCCGAAUGGGCUUAGGCUGCCGUUUCCGCCGGGCACUGAAUACAGCAAUUACUAACCUAUUUAUAUUCUUUUGGAGUAAGUUUUCCCCUACUUUAUCUGUGACAGCCAAGAUCUCCCAACAGUCUUAUACAGUGUGAGAUUCUAGAAGGUUGAGGGAAUAAUGAAUGAAAUUGCUGAAUAUUUAAUCUUGGGCCUAACAGCAAGAAGCAGUCUUGAGACUGGCUCAUGCACUGUGGGUGUUUGCCAUUUCAUGAAAAUCAUCCCGUGAAGGUCUCUCUGUGUGCACCACAACUUCAUGCAUUUGUGCUCUGGCAUUUACCCCAGUGAAUUCUGCCCUCCUCCUCACAAGGCACUAUUAAUACCCUGCUUCCUUAACAGUCGCAGUAUUAUUCUUAGUCAUGCAUUGCUGACUAAACACAGAUCAUGCACACACAUUAGGUGAGAUCCAAAGUAGUGUGGUUAGGCGUACAUUCGAGCAGCAGGGUUUCUGCUUCCUCUUUUUCUCCUGCAGCCAUCUGUUCUCCCCCUCAAACCUCCAGAAGGUUCCCCCUCCCCCCGGAAAUUUUGGAAGCUGCAUGAAGAAGAAGCAAAACCUGGGACCCCACUGUGCAAGAGGAUUUUCGUUACACAAAUGGGCAGACCUCAUUGGGUGUCUCCUGUUGUAUGGGGAAUACCCUGCAAAGAAUGUGCAUGUGAAUGAUAUAAAUGGGAACAGGAUUUAAGAGGAAAAUACCAGUAGUCAGCCUUUACGCAGCUAGUGUGUUAUAGUGGAUGUUGUUUGGAUUUAGACUUGGGAAGGGGAGACAAGGUUUCAAAUUCCCACUCAGUCAUAAAGUUUGCUUGGGCCAGUCACUAUGAAUUGUCAGGAUAAAAUGGGAUAGCUCUGAAUUUCUUUGCUGAAAAAGUGAAAUACUGUGAUGAUCUGCCAAGCUGGUGAAAACAAUGUGUUAUUUUGCCAUACUUGUAGCUCAAUCCUUCACUGAAGUCUUAAUAGUAAUUUAACUUUGUUUGCCGAAGCAUAGAGAUACCCCGGGAGCUAGCAAAGCUAGUCUGAUUUUAUUUUGUUUUUAAUCUACAAAGAUUUCAAAUGGUGUUCAGGCUUUAUUGGGUCUCCAAGUGAAGAAAGUCUCAUAGCUAUGUAGCACCUUCCAACAAACACGUCUCUACAUAAUGGCUAUAUGCUGGGUGCAUGGAUGGGAUCUUAAGGAUUGCAAUGAAAUAUUUCAGGCUAGCUCAUGUGUAUUCGGGAGAUUUCAUCUCUGUGCUUCCUUCCUCACAGGUUUAGCUUUCCUUUGGGGGAUUCUGAUUCUUCUAAAGUAUUACUGGCGGAAAAGGGAAGAAGAGGAACGGGACAUGUAUAAAAUGGUGCAGAAAAUCAUAGGUAGCAUUCACCUGCUAGUCAAAUUAUAGGUAAAAUUCUCUCAAUUUCAUCAGUUUGCUUAUUUGCCUGACUGCAUGCAUUGUUCUCUCAACAGCUGCCGUCCAAGGUCACUACAAAGAAUGGGAGCAGAAUCUGGAACGGUACCCAUAUGUAGGCAUCCUUCACAUCAGAGACACACUCAUCCCACCACAAGACAGGUGAGUUUUUCUUUGACUUUAUUAAUGGUCCUGAUUAAGUUACCGUGUAGAUGUGGGAUCAUUCUUCCAAAAAGGUGGCUAACCAGUUGUCCCUGAGAAGCAGGCUGAGGAAGCAAGUAUCCCCUCAUAUUUGUCACCAAUAUUUGGAAUGCCUAAGAACUAUUUUCCUCCAAAUAUAGAUAAUAGCCACUGAUAGGACUAGUCCUUCAGGGAUGUGCCUGAUCAUUUCAAGCCAUCUACGCCCGGGAACACGAUAACCUGCAGCAAUGAGUUCUAUAAGUUGAUUGUUCAUGAGUCAAAUGAAUAUUUCCUUCUGCUUGGCCUGAUGCUUUUGCAGAUGAUGUCUUUUGAGUUCCAGUAUUUAGAGAGAGAGAGAGAUGGACAAUGACGUGGAAAGUUGGAAAGGGGCCUUUUCCCCCCUUUUGUACCUUCAAAUGUUGGCUGCUACAGAAAUGAUCCUUGGUUGAUCGUGCUCUAAGCAUUAGAUUAGACCACCAUUUUCCUGCAUUGCACAAAUGCUCAGCUUUGGUUACAGUGCUCUUUUUUUAUCCCCAGGAAAAAAAUGAAGCGGGUUUGGGACCGAGCAGUGGACUUCCUCGCUUCAAAUGAGUCACGUAUUCAGACUGAGUCGCACAGGGUGGCAGGAGAAGAUAUGCUGGUGUGGCGUUGGACGCAGCCUUCUUACCUCUCUGAUUCAGAUCAUUAGCUCUGAUCAGAGGCCAAGCCAUUGGUUUAACACUGUGCAGGGCAAUGUGCCCUCUUCUAGCUAGGGAAUGUCCUGUUGCCCAUACUCAGGUGAACCCCUGAUACUACUGUACAUGUGUGUGAGAGCUGUAGAAUGACUCCUUGGGGGUGAUCAUUUUCUGUAAGGAAUAUAAAUGUUGAAAUGCAGGUGCACACCAAAGUUACUCUCAUGGCAUAUAUUUGGCUUCCAUAACAUAACAAUUAGAAAAGAAGAAAAAGGAUUCCUUCCCUAAUUGAAAGAUGCCAUUGAUAGUUUUGCUUUGGUAUUAGGGAAGCCUGUAUCUGACCAUCUACUCAGAAUGUCGGUGCUAAGACCACUAAAAGAUGCUUCGUAAAGGUGUUCAUUACAGAAGCACUGUGGAUAAGAGUGGACAACAAAUAUGCGAGGUAUAUUUGUUCUUAGAAACUGAUCAGGAGUAAUCUGCUGGCAUUGUUUAUUGGGUGAUGGGUGGGACUGAGAGGGCCAGGUCUUGAACCUUUGGAGGCAAGGUGGGAGGGGCUUAAAGCUUUUUUCCUUAGGCAGUGGUAGGUGAGCACAUUUUCUUACGAGAGCAGUAGAAAGCAUUCAGUCUUAAAAUGGCUUGGUGGGGAGCACCGGAAAGCAACAGCUGUGCUUUUGGGUCGUGUGCCAUACUAGAGAGCAGAUGGGGCACCAACAGUCUUUGGUACAGAAUCAACUCCUCACAAAUCAAGUGUUUACAGGAUUGCCCAAGGAGUGGAAAUCUUUUAUUCAGCCAAUAUAGUAACAUGUUUUGCGCAUAUAGCACCUUAGUUGGUCCAAGUUCAUGCUGGUUUGUUUGUGAGGGGGAGAAACGCACCAAAAUUGCCAUGCACCUCUUCAGUGACGUCAUAAAGUCCGAGGCUCUGGCAUGAUGGCACGUCAUUCCAUUAUUGGUUCAGGGCAUCCACCUAACUCGUUAUGAACUUCACCUCUGUCCGGUGGAUAUAGCAAGUUGCAUAUGAAUUUGGAAUGAAGUGUGCACAUUUGAGCCUCCCUAAGUAAAAUGAGCUGAGCCUUUAUGGUAUCUUUUAUGACAUGUUUUGUUUCAACUGGCAUAUUUAUUUGCAAGUGGGUGGUAGCCUGAACUUGGAGUUUGCCCUUUUACUCCCCCUGCUGGCUGAGCUGAAAAACUGACGGAUUGGAAUUUUCACCUAGGUGCCCUUCGAGGCUGUUUUAGCAGCAUGCAGCAAUUCAUUAUGUGCCUCCUGCUGAUUCAUCAGUGCUGAAAUCAGUGCAAAGAAAAGCAGCCUCCAAAAACAAAGCACCAGGAGGUCUUAUUGGUUAAGUAGAAGAAAAUCUUGCAUUCAUUUGAAUUUUAUCCCCACAUGUUGCCAUCUGUAGCGUAGGUGGUGUCUUAGAGCAAAAGAGAUGUAACAGAUGUCUCCGUGACAUUAGCCAUCCUUUUUUUUUUACACACAAACACUCCCCUUAUACUUUUGAAGCAGAUAAUCAAAUUAUUGCUUGUAAUGUAUUCUUAAUUUCUGCUGAUGUUUGCAAAAAAUUCCACAGUGCCUGCAUUCUUAGGGCUUUAAAAGAAACAUUUGUGGGUAUUUUUUACCAUCAGACUCUCAAGAGGAAAUGCCAAACAAUAUUAUGUACAGUUGACCAAGCUGUUCAUUUAUUUUUAUGUAGGUGCUAUUUAUUAUACAUUUUGUCUCUGUCCAUUUUAUCUUGCAAAAUAAAAAUUUGCUACAAAUGGGACUGACUGGUAUUGGUAACUAGUACCAUCUCCUGACAAGGCGGAUGUAGGCAGUUUGAUUCCCUGGAUAUUUAAUGCUGAAAGCACUCCUGAACUGAACUUCAUCUGAUUAUAUUGGGUUGCAAUGAGUUAUAGACAGCACUGGACAAGCACAGUGGUACUUGUAAAAACUAAGGCCUUAGAGUGAGGUCUCGUCAUCCCUGACCAUUGGCCAUGCUGGCUAGGGCCGAUGAGAGCCUGAUUCCAACCACAUCUGGAGGGUACUACACUGGCCUGCAAAUAACCAAAGCUAAACUCCAGCCUUCAGAAACA